CAUCCUCGCCUCCCUCUUCACCUUCCGCUGGGCGCGCUCUGCCAGCCUCGUUGUCUUCUUUCCGUGCUCGCUAGUUAGGUCUGUGAUAGCAGGGAUAUGUCCCGAGAGCUACAGGACGUGGACCUCGCUGAGGUGAAGCCUCUGGUGGAAAAAGGGGAGACCUUCACCGGCCUCCUGCAAGAGUUCGAUGUUCAGGAGCAGGACAUUGAAACCCUACAUGGCUCCCUGCAUGUCACACUGUGUGGGACCCCCAAGGGCAACCGUCCGGUCAUCCUCACGUACCAUGACAUCGGCAUGAACCACAAGACCUGCUACAACCUCUUCAACUCUGAGGACAUGCAGGAGAUCACACAUCAUUUUGCUGUCUGCCAUGUGGAUGCCCCUGGCCAACAGGAUGGUGCCCCAUCCUUCCCAGCAGGGUACAUGUACCCCUCCAUGGACCAGCUGGCUGAGAUGCUUCCGGGAGUCCUUCACCAGUUUGGGCUCAAGAGUGUCAUUGGCAUGGGAACAGGAGCUGGCGCCUACAUCCUGACCCGCUUCGCACUCAACAACCCUGAGAUGGUGGAAGGCCUCGUGCUUAUGAAUGUGAAUCCCUGUGCAGAAGGCUGGAUGGACUGGGCUGCCUCCAAGAUCUCCGGGUGGACCCAAGCCCUGCCAGACAUGGUCGUGUCCCACCUCUUCGGCAAGGAGGAGAUGCACAACAAUGUGGAGGUGGUACACACAUACCGCCAGCACAUCCUCAACGACAUGAACCCCAGCAACCUGCACCUCUUCAUCAGCGCCUACAACAGCCGACGGGACCUGGAGAUCGAGCGGCCAAUGCCCGGAACCCACACCGUCACCCUCCAGUGCCCCGCUCUGCUGGUGGGGGACAACUCUCCUGCAGUGGAUGCUGUGGUGGAAUGCAACUCCAAGUUGGACCCUACAAAGACCACCCUGCUGAAGAUGGCAGACUGCGGUGGCCUCCCUCAGAUCUCUCAGCCUGCCAAGCUUGCUGAGGCCUUCAAGUACUUUGUGCAGGGCAUGGGAUACAUGCCCUCUGCCAGCAUGACUCGCCUGAUGCGUUCCCGCACAGCCUCUGGCUCCAGUGUCACAUCCCUGGAGGGCCCCCGCAGCCGCUCCCACACCAGCGAGGGCCCCCGCAGCCGCUCGCACACCAGCGAGGGGUCCCGCAGCCGCUCCCACACCAGUGAGGAUGCCCGUCUCAACAUCACCCCCAGCUCUGGUGCCACCGGGAACAAUGCCGGGCCUAAGUCCAUGGAGGUGUCCUGCUAGGCAGUCUGUGCAUCAGUCAUCCUGGACUGGUGACCUCUCCCUUAGCCCCCAACCCCUGCCUGCCACCCUGCACUAAUGCGGUAUUAAUCUAAAACUGCUUUUGUUAAGAAUGAACUCUGACGGUGGCAGACCCAAGCUGUUCAGGCUGGCUGCCUCCUGGGACCAGCGUGGGCGGUGAUGGUGGACAAAGGCAAGAAGCAGUUCAGCGUUCUGUUCUGCUAACAAGUGGUCUGGUGGCCCUUCUCUCUCUACCCUCAGACGCCAAACUGCCAAAACCUAAGAAACAUAUAGCUGUAACACUGCCUGGCUCCAAGCCCGGGGCGAUCCAGCAUCCUGGUUCUCCGGCGUUUUGCCAGCCCCCCGGCUUCCUGUUUCCUCCCCACUAAACCCAUUCCUGGAAACAAACUUAUUUCUGAUUUGAAAGGGGAGCGAGGCAGGGAAGGAAGUAGUUGGGCGCCUUAUGUUAAGAAGGAAAAAGAGUCAGGGUCCAAGUCCGCACACAGCUCACUGGAAGGAACUCGUUUUAAAGUUCUGGGUGCCGGAAGCCACAGCCCGUUUUUCCUGCCAACCUUUUCAACAUGCAAGGGAGUCUGACAACAAACUCCUGGCUUUAUAAAGACAGUGACCCCACAAACACUGGGUGUCACGGUGAUGUAAGACUUUGCUUUGCAGAAGUCCUGGCUCCCUGGCCCCCAUCCCACAGUGUGAAUGAGUGGGUGGGUGAUACCUUUGUCCCCGGGGGAAGAUAGUUUUGAUUUGUAGUCGUAUUCUUUGAGACAGAGAGCUCAGCAGGUGGCAGUGGUCCUUGUUAGUAAGAGUCUCUAGGCUGGGGAUGGUUGGCGAUGGAGAAGGCAUGGGAUUGGGUGACUAGAAUCCCGUGGGUGUGAUUUCAGCAAACUCCUAGCCUGUGGCCUGGAAUCUUGGGUGAUUGAGUCAUACCUUGUCUCCCAUUAUUGACUGACAUCUGGGGUUGGUUUUAAACUUGAUAGCUAAAUGUCUUUCAGCUGGCCCAACCCUGGCUCUUCAGAGAGAACCAUGUGCUCUGGUCGGGGAUGGGCUGAGGAGGUGGUUCCAGAAUCUGUACAUUCCACGGGAACUCGCUUCCUCCCCUUUUGCCCCCUCUUCCUGCCCCUCCUGCUGACUGGGUUAGUAAGCAUCGAUGCCAGCUAAUGGCCGCGCCCUGUACUAUUGCCCUUUGAUUCUCAGAGUGACUAACCUUGAACUUCCCUAUAGGAAAUGUGAUCAGAUCAGAGACACCUGACUAUUUGAGGGGGUGGGGAGGGCAGUCAUUAAGGCCUGGGAGUUGCUAGAGGAGGGCAGCCACGCCCUAUAGAGCGGCAAGGACUCGGUUUAACCACCAACUCCUACUACGGAGGCUUCCUCCAACCUUCUGUAGAAAUAUCAGGGACCAGGGUGCCUGAAUGUGGACAAGAAACCAUUGUACACGUAUUUCCAGGGCAGUUUCUUAAUGAGAUGUUUGUAUUUAUUUCCAGACCAAUAAAUUUGUAACUUUGCA